CCCUAUCGAAAGCCUGCAAGCCGCCCAUCAGCGUGCCGCGAAACCGGUUGCUGCGCCACAUCGCGAUUCGCUGCGCUGAUCAGCCGUUCGAGCAGUCCGCGGAGCACGAUUGGCUGCAAAGUACAAAGACCACACCAUGGCUGGCCUCGGCGUGCACUUCAACGCCGGCCGCAACAGCAAUCCGCUGUUGCCCGCCCAGCACACGAUGAGCGAGGCGCCAGUCGUAGUCAACGCGCCGGCCCCGCCAGAGCGCAUGAGCUCAAGCUCGACUGAGGGCUCCUCCGACUCCGACUACGCACUCGACGCCGACGCGGGCCAUGUCCACUCUCGGCUCCAAUUUGCGCAGCCCGUGCAGGCCAUGCCCAUAAGCAGCGCGGUGGACGAGGUGCCCCCGCUCCCUUACAGCUACAGCACGCAGACCCCCCAGGGCACUCGCAGCAUCCGCGUCGUCACCAACAUGACGGCCGAACAGGCGGGCCAGCACGCCGCCAGCGCCAGCAGCUCUGCGCGCACGCCGCGGCCAGGCGCCAUUCGGACGCCCUCCAAUGCCUACAACCCCGCGCGACGUCCGCAGCAAUUCUCGCUCAACAGCACCGCGUCGCACCGCGGCCGCAACAGCUCCGCCACGCGCUCGCGCCGCAACCCCAACGCCGACUAUCGUGCGCAGGAACAGGCCUACGUGCAGCGCAUCCGCCAGGAGAACGAGCAGGAGGACUACGCCUUCGACCCGGCCACGGGCACGCCGAGCCUGGGCUACAGCACCGACAGCGAGACGGACAACGAGUCACCCUCGACCGCCGACUAUGCGGAGAACGAUCCAUACGACCAGGAGACGCUGCUGUACUACGGCAACGACGACAUGCAGCCGUCGAUCGAGGAGCUCAAGAUCCCCGAGAACCGCGAGCGCCUCGAGUGGCACUCGAUGCUGGCGAGCGUGCUGACCGGCGACGUCGUCAAGCAGGAGAAGAAGCGCCUGAUCGGCAGCACCGAGCAGCAGGGCGACAGCACCCUCAAGGCCGAGAUCUGGAUGGGGAUCCGUGCCCGCGUCUGUGGCCGCUCGCUGCAGGCCCAGCGCCGCAUCGUCGACGACGCCCGCGGCAACAUCAAGGGCCUGCUGGAGAGCAUCAUCUCCUUUGAGGUCGAGGGCGCCACCGAGGCCGGCCAGACGCCCCAGCAGCAGGUCCAGCACGUGGUCAAGAAGAUUGAGAAGAUUGAGAACGCCUACCCCACGCGCCAGGCCCUCGAGACUGCCUAUCCCCGCGCCGCCUCCGAGGCCUACAGGUCGGCGUGCGACGCCGUCAUUGCCUGGGACAACACCACCGUGCUCAUCAACACCGAGAUGGCCAUCCUGAAGAUGUGGGUCGGCAACGAGGAGCUCGACUUUGUCAAGGCGCGACCGCGCUCGUCGCAGGACCACCACCUGACGGACGAGUCGUCCUUCAUCGACCGCAUACUGAAAGAAGACGGUCUGAAGUCGCUGCAGGGCGAGACCAAUCUGCUCAUUCCCCUCGAGAAGGUGAUCCAGAAGGCGAAGAGCACGCUGAUCACCAACGCGCAGGGCUUUGCCGAGCGCCACUUGCCGCCUUAUAUCGAGGAGCUGCUCACCCUGAUCAAUUUCCCCUCCCGCCUGCUCCAAGAAAUCAUCCGUGUCCGCCUGUCCUAUGCGAAAAAGAUCAAGGACCCGUCGCAGCAGGGCGUCAUGAUGGCUGAGCAGAUGAUCGCGCAGUUCCAGAUCCUGCUGCGCAUGGCAGGCCAGGUCAAGGAGAGCUACAUGGUAAUCUCUCGACCCGAGCCAGGCUGGGACUUGCCUCCAUGCAUCGAAGAGAACUUUGACAACGUCGUGCUCGAUGCGUUGAAGUUCUACUUCAGGAUGUUGAACUGGAAGCUGAUGGCCAACAAGAACACGUUCAAGGAGGCCGAAAUCCUUGAACAGGAGUGGGAUUUCUGCAACAAGCUCGGCAGGCAGCUUCAGGGUGGCGACGUCGAGACUGCCGAGCAGUUCAGUAUUCUGACAUCCAAAUCGCUCACUCGUCUCAGCGCCCACUUCGAGCGCGAGCUGCAACGUCGGCCGGACGAACGCUCUGGCGCUGAGAUGGAGAAGCGGUACAAGCAGAUUCUCGAUUCCGUUCGUGUUCGCCAACGUAAGCUUUUUCGUUUCUCGAGGAUUUUGACGCAAAGGUUCGAAAACUGCACCGAAUACAACAUCAACCACAUCGAACUCGACGAAGAGCAGCUGAGCGACCUGUACGAGUCACUCAUCGUCAACGGGCACUUCCUUGUUGAGACCACGGGCGGCAACAACUCGGGCGUGUACAUCAUUGCAUCACCUACACUGGAGAACCGACCCAAUGACAUCCAGUCUCUGCUCACCACGUGCUACCACGCUGAAGAAGGCCCGGAAGAUCCAACAAACCCGUAUGUCUUAAUCAUCAGACCCGAGGACGCGCUCUACUGGUCUGGCAAGAAGAUGAUAGGCAACAUUCACGAGCCGCAUCUGGACCUGAAGCCUGGGCGAUUACGCCUGGUUGCAGAUGGUUCUCAGCAACGGCUUGCUAAUGCCAACGUCUCGUUCCUCCAGGCUAUCGGCAUGGAUCUGACCACGCUCAUCGACCAGCGAGCGAAUCUACCCCGCGUCAACUCUGAGCUGCAGAAGAUCAAGAAAACGGCGUACAAGCUGUCCAACACCAUCAUGGACAGUGUUGAGAUCGUGCGCAAACAGACUGUUGGCCUUGAGUGCGGGGAUCUCAUCCAGACCUGUUUUGCUUUCGCGACGGAGUUCGGUCAGCGUUCCGUACUGUACCUGGACUACAAUCGUCGCGCCAUGAACAACAUCAAGUUGACCAGGCUGGCGCUGGAUUGGGUCAGUUUCAUCUGUGACGACUGCGUGGCAUCAGAUCGCAAGACUUUCCGAUGGGCAGUCGUAGCACUGGAGUUUGCCAUGAUGAUGACUCGUGGGCAGAACAUUCUGUCCAUCAGUGACGAAGAGUACACGCAGCUGCGCGCAAAGGUUGCAGGUUGCAUGUCUGUCUUGAUCUCGCACUUCGACAUCAUGGGCGCCAGGUCUACCAUCGCGGCACAAGCCGAGAGGCAGCGCCUCAAUGCCAUUGCCGGCAAGAGUUUGCAGGACCCGAAGAACUCCAAGGACGACGAGGAGUCGAUCGAGAUGACGCAGGCGCAGUGGAUGCAGCGACUUGAAGAGAUUGAUGCGUUCAGGAAAGAAAAGGAGGCUGAACGUCAGGCUCUGGGCAGAGUGCUCGAAGACUCUAACGAGGCCGAUCGCGCACUCACCUACCUGUCAUCUUCUGCCACCAACGUCACUCUACGAUGGCAGCAGGGCCAGUUCGUGGGUGGUGGUACAUUCGGAUCCGUCUACGCCGCUAUGAACCUGGACUCCGGCCACUUGAUGGCUGUCAAAGAGAUUCGUCUUCAGGACCCUCAGCUCAUUCCCACCAUCGUUGCUCAGAUCAAGGAUGAGAUGGGCGUGCUGCAGGUGCUGGAUCAUCCCAACAUUGUCUCGUACUACGGCAUCGAGCCGCACAGAGACAAGGUGUAUAUUUUUAUGGAAUACUGCUCUGGCGGUUCUCUGGCGGGUCUUCUCGAGCACGGCCGCAUUGAGGACGAGACAGUCAUCAUGGUGUACGCGCUGCAGAUGUUGGAGGGUCUUGCAUAUCUCCACGAUGCGAGGGUCGUCCACCGCGACAUCAAGCCUGAGAACAUCCUCCUUGACCACAACGGUGUCAUCAAGUUCGUCGACUUUGGCGCUGCCAAGCUCAUUGCUCGCCAGGGUAGGACACUCGCUGUCGACAACGCCACGCGCCGCGAAAAGCAAGGCUCCAUGACCGGCACACCAAUGUACAUGUCCCCCGAGGUCAUCAAGGGCGGCAGCACCGGCCGCCACGGCGCCGUCGACAUCUGGUCGCUAGGCUGCGUGAUCCUCGAAAUGGCCACCGGUCGGCGCCCCUGGGCAUCUAUGGACAACGAGUGGGCCAUCAUGUACCACAUCGCGCAGGGCGACCCGCCACAACUCCCCACCUGCGACCAGCUCAGCGAGCAGGGCAUCGACUUCUUGAUGAAGUGCUUCGACCGUGAUCCAAACAAGCGCGCCAGCGCUGUUGAGUUGCUCCAGCACGAGUGGAUCAUGACGCUGCGCGCGCAACUCAGUCUCGAGCCGCAGACACCCAGCUCGGAAAACGGAAGCCAGAGCGGAAGUAGUAGUAGGCAGAACUCCACCUACGGCUAGCCCUCUCCCUUUCCUUCCUGCUGCGCAUCGUCCUGGACUUGACUAACGUACGCUCUGCAGGCGAUCGCCGCUUUUCGUUGUCCAGCCGCCGCUCGUCGGUCCAGAGCACAACAACUGUGUGUGUUGCGCCACUGUCGCCGAUUCUCGCCUCCUAUCAAGAGGGGUUUUUUUUCCCUGGCUGCGGUCUUCCGCGCCCGAACAGCUUUUCCGAACCCUAGAAUUUGCAUCUCACUAUUUCCGUAAUAUGCUUUUGGCCUGGUUUGUCAGGGCUUUUCCUACCGUACACGUAUACCCUACAUAUGGGAUGGCAUGGUGGCGUUUUGCAUUAGCGUGGGAGUUUCCUAUCGUUGGGUGAGGGUGGUGGUAUAUAUUGAUACCGCCUUCAUGGCUGAGUAAUCCAUACGUUGAAUCGGAUGGCUUGCGUCACCGACUAAGCACCAUUGCA